AGUAUCAAACUUGUCGCAGUCGAAAAACCUCAUGGCACUUUGUGUAUUUUGUGCGUAACUGAAAACGUGUGACGAGCGGUACGAAAUUUUUUUUGUGACAGUUUUGAACAUCAACAACAUGUUGGAGUUUUAUCCUAAUUUGAAUUUAAAUCCGGCCAUGUUGCCCGAAAGAAACGGCUUAAGCGGUGCGGAUUGUAACGGACGUUCAGAUAAUGGAUUGAUAAAAUGUGAAAAAGCUUGGUGUGAUAAUAAUAAUCUACACAACCCCCUAGAUAGCAGUUUAAUAAAAUGUGAAAAAACGUAUGAAAUGUGCGAAGGGUGCGGUCACAAAAUUCACGAUAGAUACCUAAUGAGAGUAGCUGAUUGCAGUUGGCACGAACACUGUUUGUGUUGUUCGAUAUGUGGAAUACUUUUGUCACAUUCGUGUUAUACUAGGAAUACGAAACUAUAUUGCAAGUCUGAUUAUGAUAGGAUAUUUGGGGUGAAGUGCUCAAGAUGUGGUGAUCGAUUAUUGCCACACGAAAUGGUAAUGCGAGCCCAACAACACGUCUUUCACUUACCUUGCUUCGCUUGCGUCGCUUGUGGUCAACCUCUUCAGAAAGGAGAACAAUUUGUUAUCAGAGCUGGACAACUAUUCUGUCGAGGAGACUUCGAAAAGGAAUUGUAUUUAUUACAACAAGCUAGUUCUGGAGAUGAUGAUUUGUUAGAUGAAAAUAGUAGACCAAGAGAUGGUAGGAGAGGUCCAAAACGACCCCGAACAAUAUUAACGUCGGCCCAACGUCGUCAAUUCAAAGCGUCCUUCGAAGUAAGUCCUAAACCUUGUCGAAAAGUACGCGAAGCUUUAGCAAAAGAAACUGGUCUCAGUGUUCGAGUUGUUCAGGUAUGGUUCCAGAAUCAGAGAGCCAAAAUGAAGAAGAUUCAAAGGAAGGCCAAACAGGACGACGGGAAAUCUUCAAGUGAUAAAGAAAAAGGUGAUAAGGAUGAUAAAGUUAUUAAGCAAGAAUCUCCGAAUAGUGAACAUGGACAUUAUAUGAAUUUGGGCAAUUUGGUUGACGGCCAUUUUCAGAGCUCUAGUCAACCGCUUAAUCCUAAUGUUCCCUUCUCACCCGAUGAUAACUAUCCAGCCCAUUCGGGAGAGAGCUUCUGUAGUUCGGAUAUCUCGCUUGAUGAUAGUACAAACUUCGAUCAACUAGACGAAGCAACAUCUGAUACGAUAUCUUUACAAAACUUGGAAUUACAAACGCAUUCCCAUCAUAAUGAAGGAGGAUCCACAUCUACGUCAACUUCCAUAGCAAAUCCCAUAGAUAAACUCUACCUCAUGCAGAAUUCUUAUUUUAGCACGGAACAGUAAAUUUAAAACAAUGAAUUGUAUCUCUAUGGGAGGGUUCCGGUAAGCGCCCACAACGCUCACGUGGAGUCUCUUGUGAAUAGUUAACGGAACGCACUUUAAAUUAUUUUAUCUCAAAACGGAACUUCAACCUAUUCAGAAGAUAGUAAAGAAAAAUAGAAGGUGGUACCUACACCCAGUGUCGUAUUUUAAAAUUUGAAGCCCUGGACUGAUUAGUUUUGCCGCCCCCAUAAAAAAAUCGUUUAAUAAUGAAACAAGACCAUACAAAAAUUAACACCAAUUAUCAAAUAUCUACAUUUUUAGGGAUGUACAAAUGUCCAUAGAAAAUUGCUAUUUUUGUAUAUGGAAAUGCUUCCUUUGAUUUUCUUUCUUUAAUAAAUAGGUUAAGUUGCCUUAAAUUCAUGAUUAAUUGGGUAUAAUUCUUGGAGUUCUUAGGCGUUAUCCUUCACUUCCGAUUCAGUUAUUGUAUCCAAUUUGCCUUCUACAUCAUAAGAACUGUCUAGUUGCUUCCUUUUAAUUAUUCUUCCGUGAAUGCUUCUGAAUUCUUCUGAGCAUUUUCUUUCCCCAGCUUCUUCGAAAACAUCAGAGGAUCCCUUUUUGUUUCUAUAAAAGUGAUGAAUGACUCGUAGAGUCUGGAGCUCUAUAUCUGCGUCAAUCCCUUGUAAGUUUAGAGAUUAUAUUAAAUUGUUUUAACACAUAUCCUCAAAAUUCAGAUGAUAUCACCGUUUUUAUACAAUUUAAUUGAGCCAAAAGCUUCAUUUUUAACCAAAGCCUUCUGUGGGAUAACUUUUUAUAUCUUCUAGAACCGAUAUUAACUUGUCCUAGGCUGACCAUAGCCUGCCACCCCGGGCCAUGACCCCCAUGGUAAAUAUGUCACUGGGUACAUCGAUGUUCUUUCUCUAUCUACCAGCAGUUCGGGCCCAGUUGAACAAGAUCCUCUAUCUCGCUUUCUUUAUAUUUACUAUUUUCUCUAAGAUUUAUACACGUUGAUAAAUUAAUGUCACAAACCGAUUUUGAUCGAUGGUUUGAUUAUUUGAAGUGAUUCAAAUCGAAAUCUUUAAUCUGAUUAAGUCGCAUUCAACUGCGAAAACAAAAAUCCCAAGACCGUUUAUUUAAAUUUCACAAAAAUCCCAAUCGAAAAUCUAAGCACUUGAGAAUAGAAAAAAUUCGAUUAAAAUUGUUCUCCUCAAUUACUAUAUGAAUAAUAUUCUUUCUUUGGUUAUUAACAAUCCUUUUCUUAUCUUGUUUACUGCGUUCUGAAACAGAUCCACAGAUGACACUCCAAACCACUGGCGUAGGUUAUGCAACCAUGAAUGUCGUCUUCUCUUUCGUCCCUUCUUUACCUUCGGCAAUCAACUGCAAAACACGAGAUUUGUCAUGUCUUAGUAUGUAUAAUACUAAAAAUACUUCAUUUUCCUUUUUUUUUUUGUUUUUACUGCAAAGACGACUUCCAUAGAACAAGAAAUAGGUAGCACUUUCCUUUUGAGAUAAAUAAAAUUAAUCGAACUGAAGAAAACGUACAGUAGUUUUUAAAAAAAUAAACAGUCAAACGAAUCUUAAAAGUUUCGCUUGAAUGAAACAAAAAAUUAAGUUGAGUACAAAAUUCAGUGUUGUUUGUUACUUUUCUUUAUAAAUCUAGUCUACACAAAAUGCAAAGCACAACUUUUUAUUUACCGAUAAUAUUUAAAAAAAAAAUUUUCAUUGUAAUAUACAUAAUUUGUUAUUUUUUAUAAAAUUUGAUUUUAAUGGAAUACGAAAGAUAAAAAUUUGUCAAUUGUCUUCAAUUAAAUCUGUAUAGAUAUUAAAAUAAAGUAUCCCGUUUUUGAAAAAUGUAUAUUAAUUUAUAUUCAUUUCAAAAAUAAUUUUUCGUUCAAAAUAUGGGGUGUAGAUGUGAUGAGAAACAUCUCGGUUUAUCUAAAAGUGUCCGUUGAAAGGGGGCAAAUUAAGGUGGCGCUUUAGCAGGAAAUGAAAAGAUUUUAAAAACAUCGCCAGAAGUUUUUAGGGUGAGAUACUAAAUUAAAUACUUAUUUAAAACAUAAUUUGUUGUAUACAGUUACACACUUUUUUAGAUUGAUUCUCCUUACCUCUACACUCCAUAGUUCAAAUUUAUCUUUCCCACGCCAUUACACAUUCUUCGUUUUAUUCUUCUUUUGGUACUUUUUUGUAUUUGCCCGUCUUCGCUAAUUCACUUUUCUGAAAUUUCUAGAACUGGUACCAAUACACCAACAUUUACCGUAUGACGUUUCGAUAACCAUGUUAUCGUCUUCAGAGUAAUGUGGUAAUGUAAAUAAUUAUCGCAUUUUUCACAUUACGUUAUACAAUGUGUCUACGUUUCAUUAAUAAUCCUGAAUUUAUUUCUCGUAUUUCCUGUCAGGUAUUAACUUUGAUUUUUUAUUAUCUAUUUUGUUUAUAUACAUUUAAUUUUAACCAAAUUUCUUUCUUUCCGUACUUGUACAGAAAUUUUAUUAUACAUUAUAUAGAAUAUAAUUGAAAAGUGUAUUAUACAUGGAUUUACUUAGAAUUAUUGUAAAUGUACAUAUGAAAAAAAAUCCAAUAAAUGUAAUAGAUAAUAAUUGUGUAUUAUUUAUUACUUUUAUUUAAAAUGAGUCGAAUUAUUACUUGUGAUGAAAUGUUUAUGCCAAAUAUAGGGAUUUAAUAUUGUCUAGAUUUUAUUAUGUAUAUUUUAAAUAAAAGAUUAUAACAAGUAAAAAAA